UCGACGGUCGGCCGUAGUGUAUGGCGUAUCGUGUUCUCUUGUGAUUAAAAUAAUAAUAUAAUGGACUUUUAAUUUAUUAUAAACAAUUAGUGAAAUAUUGUGAAAAUGUGGGGCGAAAGUAGCAAACAUUGUGAGAUUAACUGUCAAUGCUCGGGGCUCAUCACAGAAAACUUCAGAAUAAAUUCCGGUAACAAUGCAAAAAAACGGAAGCAAGAGGAGGCACAUUCACACAACUACAAAAUAAAAGUGCGACCGCACUCUAUAGACUUCAACAAACAAAGCUCUCCACUAACCCCACAACGGAGAGUGCUCGGUGAGAUACAGAACUCGCCAAUUGCACGGAAAGUCUUCAACGACAUACAGAAUUCGCCAAUAGCACAACGGAAGUCAUUCGAACUUCAAAACUCGCCUAUCGCACAACGAAAAGUGUUUAAUGACAUUAGUUCACCGUCACAACGUCGUGUGCUGGGCGAAAUACAAAAUUCGCCAUUCACUGGCACCACACCAACCAGAUUGGAUAAAUCCCCAUUCACACAUACAGUAUAUUCACCAAAACUAACCCCCUUAUAUUUGAAAGAGUCACCACUCUACAAAAAUUCACCAACAAUGGAACGAUUGAGAUCUCCACUAAUAGAGGCACGGGAACGGAAACGGAAUAAAAUUUCUAGAAUUUUCGAGGAUCGGAAUAAAUUUCGGGCGAACAAGGAGAAUGAGAGAUUCAAUAUUGAGGAGGAGACGCAGGAUUGUAUGUUUGGACAGUUCGAAACAAAGAAUGAUUGGUCCGAAUCCAAGCUGGACUUUACGAACCUCCAAACGAAGGCAGAUGAAUCAGACAUAUACGUGCCAGAGAAAGCACUCCCCGUGGACACGGACUUCGAGACCCUCCACGAUCUAGAAGAGGAAUUCGACGCUCAGAACUUUGACGAAUGCAAAUACGAAAUCAUAUCAACAGAUAGUCCGAAUAUCAUAUCCACGGGACGAUCAAACACAAGGAAAAUCAACGCUGGCAGCUUUAUAUUUGGUGCUCCAUUGUCAGACAGUGAAACGUCCACAUCGUUCAACAAACCGACUACAUCCAGAGCUCUGAAUUUCAAGAGCGAACGGACGAAAUCCACGCGCGUGCUUAACUUCGAUGAGGACUUCGAAUUCACGUCCCCGAAGAAAACUUUAUCAGUGAAGAAAAGCUUGAAGUUCUCGGAGAGUCCGAAAUUCGAGAAGUCCAAUAGCAUUACCUCCGUGUCCAGCUCGAUAUCGAAGCGUUUGACGUCCGAAUCUGUUGAAAGUGGUUUCAUAUCGGAAUUCGAAGAGCCCUUCCUGGACAUAGAAGAGAUAUCCAGCUCGCCCAAGAUAUCCAACUUCAGUGAUCUCCUAUCGGGACAGAUUAAGGAUAGCUUCACGGAGAAGUUGAAAGUGCACAGGAGCUUGAGUUUCGAUCCGAGGGAGAAUAAUAAGAGAGUGAGUGAGGAAGAGAGUGGGAGCAGUAAGAGGUUGAAAGCGGAGCAUUGUGCAAGGCCAGUGUUGCAAAGAGCCUUCUCGGAGAAUAAUGCCUCUAUCAUGUCUGCUUUGGCGAGGUCGGCCUGCGAGCCAGAUCUCAUUGGUGACUUCUCCCUGCCGUUUGCGUUGCCCCUCACGACUGGAGACCAUGUGGACCUGAAGUCCAUAUCCUGUGACACCCUCGCUGCCCUCAUCCGUGGGGAGUAUACGGACACUGUACAUGACUAUCAGGUGAUAGACUGCCGGUAUCCAUACGAGUAUGAAGGUGGCCACAUACUUGGUGCCAAGAACCUAUACACCAGCGAGCAGAUCCUGCAGCUGAUGGAGGCUGUGCCGCAGAGGGACGGCAGCAAGCGGAGCAUCCUGGUGUUCCACUGUGAGUUCUCGCUCGAGCGGGGGCCUAAAUUAUCGCGCUUCCUCCGCUCAACCGACCGCGCAAGGAACAAGGACAAGUACCCGUCGCUGCACUACCCGGAGGUGUACCUGCUGCACGCCGGAUAUCGCGCGUUCUUCACCCGCCACCCGCAGCUGUGCUCGCCCGCCGGGUACACCGCCAUGCUGGAUCCGAAGCACCGCCAGCAGUUGCGGCAGCAUAGGGCACCGAAGCGGAAGACCUUUCGGUCUUUCCAGUAGACCGUGUUCGGGAGGGGCGUGUUGAGUAGACCGUGACGGGCGGAGUUGUGUGGUGCGGUUCGAGCGUCGGUCUUUUGAGUAGACCGUUCGGGGGAGUGGUCUUUCGAUCUCUUGUGGGUGUAGAGUUUUGAAUGGACUGGGUUAUGAGACGUAUAUAGAGAAUUGUAACGGUCUUUUGAGUAGACCGUGCGGUGGCGAUGAAUGUUAAGGUGUGAUGAGUAUGAUGUGGUGGUCUUUUUGUUAAUAGACCAUUGUGCUUGACCAUAAAAUGUAUUGUGUAGUAGACGCAAUAGGCUAAUGGUCUAUUAUCUAUUUGCAUUUAAGUAGACCAUUAAAUACUAAAGAACUGAAAGACGAGCCAUUGUGAUAACGGUCUUUUGAGACAGACAAUGUGUUAAAAGACCGAUUUAUAGACUGUUUGAACUUACGUGAAAAGACCAAAAGAAUAGAGCAAAGAAGAAGUGGAGACAUAUAUUACGCGAGUAUUACUGUAAAAAAAAACACGAUUUAAAACGUGUUUUAUUUAAUAUUUAAUUAGUUACUAUAUUUCAUUAUCAUAUAUUAAGAAUCAAAACUUUGAAUGUUGAAUAAAACACGAUUUAAAUCCGUAACAUUCGAUUUAAAAUUGUUUUUAGUCAAACUUUUAACUGCAUGAAUUUUUAUACCAAUUUGGUUAAGGUGCUAAAUUCGAAAAGACUUGGUCUAUUGAGGCCGCAUGAGACGGUCUACUCGAAUUCAGUAGACCGUCGGACAGGUGCUACGCGUAAACCGUUUCUACUCGUAAUAAGACUUGACGUUAAGCGACGAUUUCUAUCCGAGAAUCGUAUCUACAUGCUCAGCAAAUAUUGAUAAACUGAGUAAUACGAGAGAGAUAUUUUAUAGAGAUCGUGAAAAAAUAUGAGACUAAAGUUUAAUUAUUGACUUAACAAGUGGACCUAAAGAACUGACAUAUUUGGCAUUUUUAAUUAUUUACCGACAAAAAACACCUAACGCCAUCAAAAAGUUCUGAAAGUCCAUAGAUAAAGGUCAAUCAUUAAAAAUAUAUAAAAAGAAAUAUUGUACAUAUAAAAAGCUAGAAUUAUACAGACAUUCAUGUCUUAAUAGAUAUAAUUGCAUAGUCUACUAAAAAGACUGGCGCGGUCUUUUUAAAAGACUAAAAUGCAACAUGAUGUACAUAAAACGCCAUACUAUUUUAGAAAAAUACCCACCUCUAGGUUAAGGAAACUGCAAUAUAUUUAAAAAACAAAUUAUUUUUAUACUUGGUACAUAAUCAUGGUAGAAAAUUUAAAUAACAACCAAUAAGAUUAAAAAAAAAAGUUUAUAAUUGCUACGCUUGCCAAAUCCCCACAGAUAAAAAAAUACACACACAACACAGAUAAAUAUAAAAAAUAAAAAUUUAGAAAAUAACUAUCAUGGUAUAAAAUUUUUAUUUGUAAGUUCUUUUAAAUAUUUUUAAUUCAAAAUUACUAAAUAGGAUUAUAUAACCAAGUAAUCGGCUGCCAUGAGAAACCCAAAAAUAUAUAAAUAAUUAAAUCUAGGAUAAAUUAACAUAAUGAUUCCUCCUACAUCAAUUCCUAUACCUUCUAUUUUUAAAAGUCCUUUCCCAAUAAAAAAAAAACAUUUUCUAACUAAACACUCCCAAAAAAAAAAACAAUUUUUUCCUUCAAUGUCAUAGAAAAUUUAAUCGAUUUCCAAUCGUGAUCCUAAACAUUUUUUACAAGCUAUCAUUAAAUUCAUAAUUUUUUAUAGGAUAAAAAUUAAACUUCUAAAACGAAUGAUUUAACGCUUUGUCAUCGAAAUGGUCAAAAAUGCUUGUCCACAAAAAAUUGUGCCAUAAAACUUAAUAUAAAUAUGUUUAAAUAAUAAUUAAAAAGAAAUAACUGUAAUGAAGCAUUGCUUGCAUCCCAUAUCUUAACCCCUGUCACAAACUCCCUAGACUACUCUACAAAUUUCGUUCAAAAAUGCUCUAAAAAUACAUUUAAAAUGAAAAUUGUAUGUCGCCAUCUGGGUGACACGGCAAUAUUUUUACGCUUGUACCAUAAAAAUAUAUUUUAUUAGAUGUUUUUAUAUUAAUAUUUUGGAUGUAUGAUUAAACCUUUUUAAAAUUCAUUAAAGCAGAUGUAUCUAACUAUGAUGAAGAAUAAACACUUAUUUUUCGUAAAUCUACAAGACUGUUUUUACGAUUAUUAAAUUUAGUUAUAUUUCGAUUUUUUUAAUCAUACCUCCAAAGUAAUUUAGAUGUACCCUCUUUAAUUACGCUUACUAGUGAUAAUUGUACAUAACCCGACACAUGUGGUGUGCCGAAUGAUAAUAUUUAAGGUUUAAAUAGAUAAAAUUAUGAAAUAACGUCAAAACUGACAUUUAAGCAAAACUGCGUUAUGUACUGUAAUAGAAUUUAUAUUAAGAUGAAACUAUUUUCAAAUUCAGAACUAUUUUCGCGGCAAAAACCAAAGAUGACAGCAUAUGAUGUUUUUUUUUUUAACAGCAAAAAGGGCAUUUGCUGUCAUUUUAAAAAUUUGCCGCGAAAGUGGCAAUGGAAAUUUCUGGAAUCUGUGAAGUCAUUUUAAUUUGAUUCGGAAUAACGGCCAUUUUUCUCCAAAGCAAUGUUUCGGAAUUGAAAAUUAAGUAAUAUAUUAUCUGUAGUUAUUAUAUUUGAUAGAUUUUAAUUGUGUAUAGAUUAAUUUGAAAUAA